AUGUCUAAAGUACUCAAGGACGAAGCUCAUAUCGAGCGUGAUGAGCACACUCGCUACAGCGAUGAAGGCCACGACGAUACUACCGUGUCCAAGCUUCCCAAUGGCGCGGGGAAUAUCCAGAACCCCCUUCGACGCUUUGGCAAGGAGAAGGUCAUCAGCGAUGCUCAGCGCUUCGCCAAUGAAAACGGCAUGGCUGAACACGCCGAUCUCUUUGGCCGCGCCGCUCUGGUCGCGCGCGACACCAACAACUUUGAGAUGGUGGAGGAGCUCCUCCCGGACGAGCGCGAGGCGUUGAUCUAUGAGCGUGACCACAAAUGGCACGGUCCGCCUAUGCUUUGGUACUCUAUCACUCUCUGUGCUGUCGGUGCUGCCACCCAAGGAUGGGAUCAGACCGGUUCCAACGGUGCCAACCUCUCCUUCCCCACUGCCCUCGGCAUCAACGGUGUAGGGCGCGACGAGUGGCUUGUCGGUCUCAUCAACUCGAUCAUCUUCCUCUCGGCCGGUCUUAUCGGUGCCUUCAUUGUCGAUCCCCUCAACCACUAUCUCGGUCGUCGAGGCGAAAUCUUCCUUACCGCGGCGUGCCUCACCGCUACUCCUAUCGCUUCGGGUUUCGCAAAGUCAUGGGAGGCAUUGCUCGCCAUCCGUUUCGUCAUGGGUAUCGGAAUUGGAGCCAAGAACGCCACUGUUCCCAUCUUCUCGGCCGAGCUUGCCCCGGCUAGGAUCCGUGGAGCGCUCGUCAUGUUCUGGCAGCUUUGGGUCGUAGCAGGCAUCUUCCUUGGUUUCUGCGCCAACGUCAUCGUCAAGGACACCGGAGACAUUGCCUGGCGUCUCCAGCUCGGAUCCGCCUUCAUCCCCGCCUUCAUCCUCAUGCUCGGAAUUUGGUUCACUCCCGAAUCGCCCCGAUGGCUCAUGAAGCACGGCAAGUACGCCCAGGCGUUCGUCUCGUUCAGCAAGAUCAGGGCGCACCCCAUCAUUGCCGCGCGCGACUACUACUACUCGUAUGUCAUCUACGAGGAGGAGCUUGCCCUUACCCACGACUCGAAUUACUUUUCCCGGAUGAAGGAUAUCUUUGUCAUCCCUCGGAUCAGGCGGGCCAACUACGGUGCAUCCACCGUCAUGCUUGCCCAGCAGAUGUGUGGUAUCAACAUCAUCUCGUUCUACUCGUCGUCCAUCUUUGUCAACGUCGGGUAUUCGGACGUUCAGGCACUGUACGCCUCGCUCGGGUAUGGUGCCAUCCAGGUCAUCUUUACCAUCCCUACCCUCUUCAUGAUCGACACGGUUGGCCGGAGGAGGCUUUGUCUGAUCACCUUCCCCCUCAUGUGCCUGUUCCUGCUUGCCGCUGGGCUUUCGCUUCUCAAGACGGACGGCUCUCCUGCUGCCAGGCUUGGACCGGUCGUACUCUUUGUUUACCUUUUCACAAUCAUGUACUCACUUGGCGAGGGACCCGUCGCCUUCCAGUACUCUGCCGAGGUCUUCCCAACUAUUCAGCGUGAGCAGGGAAUGGCCUGGGCUGUAUGCAUCAACAACACCUUUGCUGGUAUCCUCGGUCUCACUUUCCCGCGGAUGCAAACCGUCAUGACUCCUACCGGAGCUUUCGGGUUCUACGCAGGACUCAACUUGAUAGCCUGGGCCAUGGUAUUCUUCUUCGUGCGCGAGACCAAGCAACUCACCUUGGAAGAGAUCGAUCAGGUCUUCACCAUGUCGACGCCCCAGUUCGUCUCGCACGAGAUCAAGCACAAGGUCCCGGCAUUCUGGAAGCGCACCAUCUACAACGCCAAGGUCAUGAUCCCGUACGCGAUCAAGCGGAACGUCUUCUUCCAGCGCAGCACGCCCCGGCCCGAGACGAUUCAGGCGCCGCCAAUCUUGAACCAGGCUGGACCUACGUCGGAUAUCAAGGCUUGA